AUGGCCAACGCCCAGAAUUUGCAGACGAAAAUCUCCUUCGCCUCCCUUCCCAGAGAGCUGGUAUCCGAGGUUCUUGCACGCGUCGCAGCUUAUUCAUCAACUGAUCUUUUCCGGACAAAGCUAUGUUGCAAGAGGUUUGCGGAUGUUGCGGAAGAUAACCGUGUUUAUCAACGUGUGUCGCUGGCAAAGUUUGACAUCGUUCCAUGGCGUAAAAAUCCUAAAGUUUCAAUAGGUAAGAAUGUUGAAUCAGCAUUGCAACGCGUCGAAGAAGCUGCAAAAGCAGGCCAUGACGAAGCUGCCUAUGCGUUGGCAGUUAUUUUCGUCUUUGGUGGGGAGGAAUUAAAGCACAAAGGUAUGGCUAUGCUUAGCGGCAUGAAGAAAUCAGCAGCUCAGAGACAGAGAGUUAAAGAAUGGCGCGACAAUUUGCGAAGGAUUCUGAAGAUGAUUUGGGUUCAAAAUUCUUUGGUUCUAGGCAAAAGGCCCAUUUGUUGUGCCAGCCAACAUAAGAGGAAAACAGGUUGGGGUCCGAAUGAACUUGAUGCAGUGGAGAGUACAUGUGAAGGCUGCACUUGCGAUGAAAAAAUUGGACCAAUUUGUGAUGCCUUACCUCAAAUUGCUGUGUAA